CUCUGUUAUUUUUUCUCCCUCCAUAUAACCAGAGCUUCUCUUUUCUUCUCUCGUUCGGCCUGUCUUCCCUUCGCAUUUGCCUUUCGUUCUUCGAUUUGUGAACCCUCUUUUCGUUCUUUGCUUUACUUUCCUGCUAUUCAUUUGAUUUUUUUCUCAAUAAUUCAGUAUUUUUCCUGCUUAUUUAUUGUUAAAGAGUAUCUGAAACCCUCAACCGACUUCUUGCGCCGCCGCAAACAACUUAUAUUUUACCUAAUUUAUCGGAAUUUAGCCCUAAUCGGCGGAUUCUCGGAUCCAAAGUUUACAGGCUAACUUAAAUUUUGAAGGAAUUAUUGACGCAGCCAUGGUUGAAGAGAGAAAUGGAAAUGGACCACCUUCAAAUGGGAGUGUGGCAGGUGGAAAUGCUUAUACAAUUGACUUGAAUACUUUCAGUAGCCGACUGAAGGCCCUAUAUUCACACUGGCGCGAACAUAAAGAUGACUUUUGGGGUUCUUCUGAUGUACUUGCUAUAGCUACACCGCCACCUUCGGAGGACUUGAGAUACUUGAAAUCCUCAGCUGUCAAUAUUUGGUUGCUAGGGUAUGAGUUCCCCGAGACAAUUAUGGUUUUUGGAGACAAGGAGAUACAUUUUUUGUGUAGCCAGAAGAAGGCAUCGUUGCUCAAUGUUGUGAAAUCCGCUGCUAAAGAGGCUGUGAAUGUGGAGGUUGUCAUGCAUGUGAAGGGGAAAAGUGAAGAUGGGACUGCUCAAAUGGAAAAUGUGCUCCGGGCUAUCCGUAUGCAGUCAAAGUCAGAUGGUCGUGAUACCUCAGUCAUUGGAUAUAUUGCAAAAGAGGCGCCUGAAGGAAAACUCUUGGAGAUAUGGACCGAUAAGAUGAGAAAUUCAAGCCUUUCUCUUAGUGAUAUCACAAAUGGGCUGGCUAACCUCUUUGCCGUGAAGGACCAGAGUGAGAUAAUAAACGUGAAGAAAGCUGCAUAUUUGACUGCUUCUGCAAUGAAGAACUAUGUUGUUCCAAAGCUUGAGAAAAUUAUUGAUGAGGAGAAGAAAGUUACUCAUUCCUUAUUAAUGGAUGACACAGAAAAGGCUAUUCUGGAACCUACUAAAAUCAAGGUGAAGCUGAAAGCUGAGAAUGUUGACAUAUGUUACCCUCCAAUCUUCCAGAGUGGUGGGAAUUUCGAUCUUAGACCUAGUGCUACAAGCAAUGAUGACCAUUUGUACUAUGAUUCUGCCAGUGUGAUCGUAUGUGCAGUUGGAUCGCGGUACAACAGCUACUGUUCAAAUGUUGCCAGAUCAUUUCUUAUUGAUUCAACUUCGAAGCAGACCAAGGCUUAUGAGGUUCUUCUUAAAGCUCAUGAGGCAGCAAUUGGUGCAUUGAAGGCGGGAAACAAGCUUAGUGCCGUGUAUCAAGCAGCUCUUGAAGUAGUUGAGAGGGAUGCUCCUGAAUUGAUUAACAACCUAACAAAAUCUGCUGGGACUGGGAUUGGUCUCGAGUUCCGGGAGUCGGGGCUGAUCCUUAAUGUUAAGAAUGAGAAGGUGCUGAGAGAGGGAAUGGUUUUCAAUGUGUCACUAGGUUUCCAGAAUUUGCAAACUGAGACCAGCAAAGAAAAGAGUAGGAAUUUUUCACUUUUGUUAGCAGAUACAAUUAUUGUCACAAACGAUGGCCGUGAGGUGGUUACUCAGCUGAGCUCCAAAGCCUUGAAGGAUGUAGCCUAUUCAUUCAAUGAAGAGGAGGAAGAGGAGGAGGAGGUUAAAGUGAAAACUGAGUCAAAUAGGAAAGAGGCACUANAACAGAGAGAAAGAGAUCGGAAGAACAAAAUCAACAUGGACUUCCAAAAUUUUGUGAACCGGGUGAAUGAUAUGUGGAGCCAGCCCCAGUUUAAAGGACUCGACCUGGAGUUUGAUCAACCUCUGAGAGAACUUGGGUUCCAUGGAGUCCCCUAUAAAUCAUCAGCAUUCAUUGUGCCAACCUCAAGCUGUUUGGUUGAGCUGAUAGAGACCCCAUUUCUUGUGAUAACCUUAAGUGAAAUUGAGAUUGUGAACUUGGAGAGAGUUGGGUUUGGGCAGAAGAAUUUUGAUAUGGCAAUUGUCUUCAAGGACUUCAAGCGUGAUGUCAUGCGCAUAGAUUCCAUCCCGACCUCUGCACUUGAUGGCAUCAAGGAGUGGCUUGACACAACUGACAUCAAAUAUUAUGAGAGCAAGAUGAAUCUGAAUUGGCGUGAAGUAUUGAAGACCAUAACUAGUGACCCUCAAAAGUUUAUAGAUGAAGGUGGCUGGGAAUUUUUAAAUAUAGAUGCUUCUGACUCAGAAUCUGGAUAUUCAGAGGAAUCAGAUCAAGGUUAUGAACCUUCAGAUGCCGAACCUGAGUCAGAUUCAGAUGACGAUGACUCUGAUAGUGAAUCUCUGGUUGAUUCCGAGGAAGAAGAGGAAGAAGAUGAUGAGGAAGACUCAGAGGAUGAAAAAGGCAAAACAUGGGAGGAGUUGGAGAAGGAGGCAAGCAACGCAGAUAGGGAGAAGGGGAAUGAAUCAGAUAGUGAGGACGAGAGGAGGAGAAAGAAGAACUUUGGGAAGUCACGAGCUGGUCCAAAUUCUGCUGCUCCUAAGCGAACGAAGUUCAGGUAGUUGUGACGGAAGAGCGUUCCAAUUUGGAGCCUUAGAUUGCUGAAGCGAUUUGUUUUAGAACAAUUAUCUAGCAUAUUUAGUGUAGAAUCUAUUUAGAAUGUUGGUUUGUUUGUUCCCUUUUCUUUAUUUGUUUUUGCGCUUCAAGGGGGUCGGUAGUUUAGUUUUUUCUUGUAAAUUUGUAGCCUUAGUGUUUGGCAAGUACUUUAAAACUGUUUCUUCGCACUCCACUUUGGGUGCUUGGAGCACGAUUUUGUCAGCUGGUCCAACAUUCUGAUUACGCUCAUUUAGCAUGUGUUGUCUGGAGGUAUAUGGUGGAGUGUCUGAGCAAACAUCUCAUCUUAAUGCCAAUGGCAAACUGUUCC